GGCCUGCGGCCAGGGACCCUCAUCCAGCCUACUUCCUCAGCCCCUUUCCUCACCUCGGCUGUUGCCUUGAGGCUAAAACUAGAGCCAAGGAGACCCAGGUUUUUGAUCCCCCCAUCCCGACACACCCCUGCUCCUCUUCCGGAAGCGGGGAGUGGCCGAUGAUGGGAGAACCCGCGGAUUGUCAGAGGGUCGAGUGACUGAAGCCCGCGGAUCCCACCUGAGGGGCCGGGAGUGGUUGGGGAGGAGGAGGAAGAGAGCCUCCUGAGUCUGUUCCGCCCCUCGCACCCAGCUCACCACCACCAUGACACCGCGCUCCCAGGCCCCUUUCUUCCUCCUGCUCCAGGUGUCCCUCGUGUUUACAGAUCCCAGCACCAGCUACUUCCAGCAGCUGCAGAGAAACAUCUCCGAGUGGUUCUUGCAGAUUUAUGAACAGAAGGAUUUUCUGGGUCUCUCUAACCUCAAGUUCAGGCCAGGGUCUGUGGUGGUAGAUUCCAUCCUGGCCUUCCGACAGGACACCACCACCGCCCACGAAGUGGAGGCACGGCUUGAACAGGGCAAAGCAGCAGCAGUAACCAAGUAUCACAUGAUCAUCUCAAGUGUCAAUGCACGUGACACUUCAUCUUCUUCAUUUGCUCAGCCUGGGUCGGGGGUACCCGGCUGGGGCAUCGCCCUUCUGGUGCUGGUCUGUGUCCUGCUGGCACUGGCCAUCAUCUAUCUCGUCGUCCUGACCGUGUGUCAGUGCCGCCGAAAGAACUGCGGGCAGCUGGACCUCUUUCCAACCCGCGAUGCCUACCACCCUAUGAGCGAGUACCCCACCUACCACACCCACGGGCGCUAUGUGCCCCCCGGCAGCACCAGACGUAGCCCCUACGAGGAGGUCUCCGCAGGCAACGGCGGUGGCAGCCUGGCUUACGAGAACCCAGCGGCCACCUCUGCCGACUUGUAGGGGCAUGUGGCCUCUCCUGGGCUCCUCACUGCCAGAGUCCUCUCCGGUCUCCGCCGCUCUGGGCCGGGCCAGCCGGAGUCAGCUGGGCUGCUUGCAGGCCCCGCCACGUCCCCUGCGUCUCAGCCCUGCAGAAGCCCUGGGGACCAGCCCAGGACUGUGGCUUCCAGGAAGACCGGCCCAGAAAGCCCUGAGAGGGAAGUUAGCACCAGAACAUGGCUGAAUAAAACAGGGACCUCCGCUGUGUGACUGCCAA